UUGUAUGGAUAUACCACAGUUUAAAAAUCUGUUUUCUGCUGAUGGACAUUUGGAUUGCUUCCACUUUUGGGCUAUUGUGAAUAAAUGCUGCUAUAAAUAUUUGUGUGCAAGUUCUUGUGUGAAUGUAUGCUUUCAAGUCUCUGGGGUGUGUAUGUAGGCAUGAAAUAGUUCGGUGUAUGACACCUCUUAAUGUUUAACGGUUUGAAGUUCUGCCAGACAGCCUUCCGAAGCGGCUGCACCAUUUUGCAUUCCCACCAGCAGCCUGUGAGGGUUUUGGGUUUCUCCGUGUCCUCUCCAGUACUUGUUAUUGUCUGUCUUUGAUUGUAGCCACCUAGUGGGUAUGAAGAGGUGUCUCAUUGCGGGUUUGAUUUUGCAUUUUCCUGAUGGCUAACGAUGAUGAGCAGCUUUUUAUGUAUUUAUUGGCCGUUUGUCUGUUUUGAAGAAAUACCUAUUCAUUUCUCCUUUGCCCAUUUUAAAUUUGGGUUGUCUCUCGAUUGUUAAAUUGUGGCACUGCAGUCCACAGGGGAAACCGAGGCUCAGAAAGGGGAUGUGACUGGGCCAAGAACACUGAGCUCAUAAGCAAAUUGAGACCGGUAACUGGAUGGAUCUCCACCUCCCACCCUAACAGGUCAGAGAUCACUGUCUCUUCCCAGAUGAAUGGCCUCCUGCCUUCCAUUUUGACCCACUCACAAAGGUCACCCCAGGUCUUUUUCUUGCAUUUAAAGCAGUAGAGCCCCACAGCCGGAGGGUGGGCCGGAAAGACAUGGAAACAGCAGUUCUAAGGAACAAAGCUGGUCCUCUUUCCCCCUCCAAAUCACGCGGACCUAGCUGACGUGGCCCGGGAAGAGGGGACAGCCCGGGCCUGUGGUCGGGGAGCCUAUUUAUACUGGCUGGCCAUGUUGCAAGCUUUUCCUGCUGGCGAAAGGGACGUCACUGGGUGCUGACCUCACCAGAAACGCUGACGCAUCUUCCCCUCAUGCUUUGCUCUGUUGACCAGCCGGGUCUCCUCACCUUGGGGCCACUCCCUGUCCUCCUACACAUCACUGUCCCCUCCCACCGAGCUCUGGACACUCCCCCAUCGUCCCCACUCCCUGCAGCCCUCCAGCCAUGCCCUCCACUUGCGAGCUGUUAUAGGCUGAAUUUUAUCCAAGUUUGUAUGUUAAAGACCUAACCCCACUGUACCUCAGAAUGUGGUUGUAUUUGGAGAUAGGACCUUCAAAGAGGUAAGGUAUAAUGAGGUCAUUGUGGGAGGGUGGGGCUAAUACAAUAUGACCGGUGUCCGUAUAAGAAGAGGAGAUUAGGAUAGACAGACAGAGGGCCAACCAUGUGAGGAGAUGAGAAGGCAGCCAUCUACAUACAAGUCAAGGAGAGAGGCUGCCAGAUGAAAUCCACCCUGCUGACACCUGGGUCUCAAGACUUAGGACGGCGCCAACAUGCUUUCCUAUUGUUUAUGUCCUGCCAUCUGUGCUCCUUUGUUACAGCAGUCCGCGCAAACUAAUAUAGAAGCCCUCUUUGCCUUUGGUGGCCUUUGUCCCUGGGGCCUGCACACUGAACCUCGGUUAGCUACGUGCUCAGAGCGUCGUCUUUUAGACUUGACAGCCCUGGUUUGAAUGCCCCCUCCUCUUUUUUCUUUUUUUUUUUUUUUAAGUUUAUUUAUUUAUUUUUUUAGAGAGAGAGAGGGAGAGCACACGUGAGCAAGUUGAGGGGCAGAGAGAGAGAGAGAGAAUCCGAAGCCAACUCAGCUGUCAGUGAGAGCCUGAGGCAGGGCUCGAGCCCACAAACUGCGGGAUCAUGACCUGAACCGAAGUUGGACGCUUAACUGACUGAGCCACCCAGGCGCCGCUGAAUGUCCCCUCCUUUUAACUAUUCCCACACAGGGUGACGCGGGGACGGGAAAGUAAAGGCAUGUAGCUCUCCCCCGAGUGUGGAGGUUGGUCCGCAGUAGCUGAGAGGGGCAAGAGGCUCUCCUGCUGGAUGUGGCUUUCCUGCUUGGAGCCAGGCCCCGAGCUUCUCGGUUUCCUCAUUAAAAGGAGCCAAAGCAUCCCUGCCUGGGUGCUCUCCUUCUCAGGGCUGUUGCAAGAUGAGAUCAGGGAUGUGAAAUGAAGAAGGAUCCCAGCUUGGCUUGGGCCCCAGGAAAUAGUCUUGCGGGGGUGGGCACAGAGAUGAGGAAUUUAGCAGAAGCGACGUUCUCAGGAGGAGAAUCCAGAACUGGCCUUUGGGGGUGGCACUGGUGGGUGUGGUAAGCACCAUGCCGGGGUGCCAGGGAGUGGGUGGGGGGUGACGAACAGCCUCCUGGGCGUGGAGGUGUGUCUGAUUUUACCCACUACUGGAUCCUUAGCACUUGGGAAUGGCUGGCUCAGAGAAGGGCCAAAUAAAAGUUUUUUGAAUGAAUAAAUGAGUGAUGUUAAGUGUAUAUACGGAGGAGAGAGCAGGUAGGAAUAGCCUUGGUGGUCAUGAUGGGUGCUGGGGACAUGGAUGGACAGGAGGGUGUCCGACCCUCUUCCUUCCUGGCCACCUCAGCUCUCCUUGUUCAGGCUCCACGGGCCCAAUGCUCUCCCCAGCUGGAGCAGCCCAGGCCUCCCUGGCAGAUUCCAGAGGCCCCACCUUCCGAGCCACCCAGCCUUCCGAGGCCCCCCUCCCCACCGGGCUCCUGAGGGUGCAGGCCACAGACCCCCUUCCGGGCCUGGUAGAUAUGCUGCGGGUGCCAGGCAUGACCUGCAGGCCUGAGCCAGCCUUUCCGCCCCCUUGUCUGCCCUAGCCCAGGCCUCCUUCACCCUAGGCAAAGUAACAGGUAGACUAGAGAGGCGUGGUCUCCAGGGUUCCUUCACUCUGACGUCCAGAGGUCUUCGAGAAGCUAAGGACCAACCCACAAUCACUAUCUUUCAGAGAAAGUGAAACCUGGUCCCCAACCGUCACCACGGCGACUCCCCCACCCUGGCUUCCCCUCUGAGCUCACAGCUUCCCCAUCUCCUCCGCCCCCCACACCAUCCCUCAACAGCUAGUACUUGGAAUUAGACUUUCAGCUUUCUUUUUCCUUCAAAGGACUUUUUCCUUUUAUGUCCAUGACAGCAGCAGCUCUGUGAGCCUGAGCCAGGAAAUACUGUUUGAACCCUCCUUUUACAGGUGGGGCCUCUGAGGCCCAGAGAGGUUAAAUGACUUGCCUCUGGUCACACAGUAUGUCAGCCCGCUUGAGCCCUAACCUCCUGUUUCUCUUGCUUUAAGCACCUGUUUUCCCCCAGAAGACCCUGUCUAUAAAAGAAAGGGCCUAGGUGUGGGCAAUGGGCCUGGGAUAAAGAAGGUUGGUUGCAAGGGGUUUGCAUGAUGGGAGAGAGGAGAUGGCUGGGAGCCCCACUGGGGGAUGCAGGUCCUGGGGCCAGAACCACAAUCUCGGGGCUGCCAGCCUGGGUCUGGCUCUGUGCCCAGAGCCCGGUGGUUUCCGCUCACAGAUGUCCCAACAGCCCCAGCAGGAGGGCGGGAAGGGCACUCAAGAAGGAAGAUGUCUCGCUCCCCUCAGUCCCAAACCACAGUGGCUGGUGAGGCUGAUGGCUCCUGGGCCGAGCCUGGCCUGCGGGCCCUCUGAGGUCCCAGUUGGCACACUAUCCCCUCUAUCCUGGGCACAGCUCCCUGCACAUGGCUCGGACCCCCAUGUUCCCUACUCGCCCCAGGAAGGCUGGGGCUGCGGUUUGCAUCAUCCUUGGGCGUGGGGCUGACCUCGAAGAACGAAUUCGAAGAAAACAGGAGGAGGAGCAGGCAUGCCACCGCACCCAGCGCCCAUUGGCCGCCCGUGGAAACUUUGGUUUUUGGGGUCAUGUUCCCAGAAGGCCUGCCCCUCCCCCCCCCCUCCGCUCCCCACCCACCUCACGAGGUGUUGGCCAAUCGCCCUGGCGGGCAUAAAGUGGCUGCUAGCCCGCAGGGCUCCCAGCCAGGAGGUGUCACCCCCAGCAGGCGCCGGCCGGAGCUCGGGCACCCAGCAUGCGGGCACAGCUUAUGCGGAGGACGCUGCUCAGUCUGGUCCUCGGACUCCUGUUCCUGAGUACGCCGGCCAUGGGCAGCUGUUUGGACAACUACCAAGAGCUCCUUGGGCAGCUCCAGAAGCAGGCGGACUUCAUGCAGCACACCAGCAUGCUCCUGGACCCCUAUAUCAGCAUCCAAGGCCUGGACAAGGAUGGUCUGAAGGAGCACUGUCGGGAGCGCCCCGGGGUCUUCCCCAGCAAAGAUGCCCUGCAGCGGCUCAGCAGGCAGGAAUUUCUGCAGAUCCUUAACACCACACUGGGCCACGUUCUGCACAGACUGAGAACUUUACAGAAGGACAUCCCCAAAGCCCAGGACUUAGAGAAGCUAAAUAUAGCAAAGUUAAACAUUCGCGGGUUCAAGAACAAUAUCCACUGCAUGGCCCAGCUGCUUCCAGGCUCCUUGGAGAAGACUGAGCCCACUCCGACAGGCCCAGGGGCUUCUCCGUCACCCACCCCCAUCUCAGACGCCUUUCAGCGCAGGCUGGAGGGCUGCAGGUUCCUGCAUGGCUACCACCGCUUCAUGCACUCAGUGGGUCAGGUAUUCCGAGAGUGGGGGCAGAGCCCGAGUCGGAGCCGGAGACACAGCCCCCGCCGGGGCCUGCGGAAGGGGACGCACAGGACGCAUCUGUCCAGCAGGAAUAAAAGACUCAUGCCCAGAGGGUGGCUGCCCCGGUAGCCUUAGGGAUACCCCUGGCAGAUAAAGGACUCACAGGUAUUCUGUAGGAUGGCCCAUCCCCGCCGGCCUCCAAACCUGCUCUCCUCUGUCCCCUCCCCCCUCUCAGAAGCGCACUUUAAGGGGUGGGAGCCAAGCAGGCCCCUCUACCUCCUCCAGGCGGGGAGGGGAGGGUCAGGCCAUUGAACCCCCAGCCCUGAGUUCUCCAGUCUCGGUGGGGUGGCCAGGUCAGGCCACGCGGGGCUAACUUUCCAUUGAUUCAGGGGUCUGAUGACACAGGCUGACUCAUGGCCAGACUGACUGCCCCCCCUGCUCUGCUCCCCAGAGGCCUGUCGGCCCUUCCCUCUCAUGACUUGCAGGGCUGUUGACCCCAGACUUCCUCCUUUCCAUGGAGGCAUGGUUCCGAGGGGGAGGUCAGGGCCUGAGCUGGCCUCUUAUGCCUCAUUGACAGUCUCAGGCCAGACACCUGGACAUCUGGGUGACCUCAUUUUAGGCAGCUGUGACACAGGCAGAGUGUCCUAGAAGGUGUGCUGAUCGGGGUAGGGUGUCUAAAAGUGGGGCUCAAGGGCCAGCUCAACCCCUCUCACUGUGUAGCCUCGGGAAGACCACCUUACCUCUCUGGACUUCAGUUUUCUUUUUGUGAUUCAAGAGAGUUGGGACCGUGUAAAGCCCUCUCUGCUUGCCAGUAGCUGGGAUUCUAUGACAUACAGUGGAUAUCAAAUGCAGUGCAAAUGGACAUGGAGUAAAGACCUAGUGUCUGGAAGUACCCAGUCUUGGGUCCUGGCUGCUGGCUCCUCCCCCUGGUGGUGCAUCAUGAAAUUUUCUCAUGCUGAAGCGAGGGAGUCCCAGAAGCUGCUGGGCCAAUUCUUUGCAGGAAUAUGAUUAAUUUAUCGAUUUUUAUCAGUUUUUAUCUGUUUCCUAUUUAUAAGGCUUAUUUAUGAUACGUAUUUAAUGUUAAUAUUGUGCCAACAUAUAUUUAAAACUUGCCUGGUUUCUAAA